UUCGUGAUAUCUUCACAGUUGAGAUUUUUACAACCCGUCUGGGACAUCUCUGAACGAAAAGGCACCAACCAUAAGAAUUACCAUGCAAGUAACCCAGGUCAACAGUCCGGCCAACGCAGCAGGCUACGGCCGGCGUCGAGCGGCCAGGAUACCCCAUGGAGUGCCCGGUCUAGUCGGGACCUCCAUCGUCCAGCUGAUCCUCGGAGGUAUAACCACCGGGCUCGGCAUUGCAGCCAUCUUCGUUGAGAGCGCGUGGUUUAAUUCCGGUUGGGCGGUCUGGACUGGAACUGUGUUUUUCGUGGUGACUGGUAUCCUGGGCAUCAUCCCUGCUUGCAUUAACAGGAACAAAUGCUUGAUCAUUGCUUUCUUGGUAAUGUCCAUCCUCUCUUCGGUCUUUGCUGGUGCGCUGUUGAUUGGGUCGGCCAUCGGUGCAGCAGCGGAGAGCGGCGAACCUAGUUGCAAUCUCUACCAGUAUUGGGAUGGAUGGCGUUGCGCCUAUAACUGGGAAUCUCGCUUUGCCGUGGAUGUUCUGCUUGUGGGGGUUUCUUUGGCUGAGCUUGUCUUUAGCAUCAUUGGCUCGGCGCUCUGUUGCUACGGCCUGUCCACUUACAUGCCCAACACCCCCGAAACGGUUCGAUAUGUCACUCAACAGCAGCAGAUGCAGCAGCCUGGCACUCAGUUUGUUCCCGUCAUAAACACCCAGCAGCCACAGCCGCAACCGCAGCCGCAGCCGCAGCCGCAGCAACAACAACCAUAUCAGAUGCAAGCUGCACCAGCAGCGGCCCCAGUGAAAGGUGGAUACUUGGUGAGUUCCCCGUAUGCUGGACAAGGCCUGUAUCCUACCCAGCAGCUCGGGGUAGCUACCCAGCAGGUAGGUCUUCAAAUUCCCCCGCAGUACUCUGGGAGAACCACCCCACUCCUUGAUGUCUCCCAGCAGCAUUCGGGACGCAGCACUCCUCAAAUGGUUUAUGUCCAACAGCCUGCCGUUGUUCCUGUUCUUGUGCCUCCACAGCCGAACGUGGUUCCUCAACCACAAGUGGGUCUUCAGACGGUGCAGGCGAGUUUCCAGCAAUCGGGGGUUCCUGUCCAACAGGGAGGUGGUUCCCAACAGGUAGAGGUUGGUUCCCAACAAGUAGGGAUCGGUUCGCACCAAGCGGGGAUAGGUUCCCAACAAGUUGGCAUUGGUUCCGAUCAAGGAGGGCUUGGUUCCCCACAGGUGGGGAAUGGUUUCCAGCCGAUAGGUGUUGGUUCUCAGCAUGUUGGAAUCAGUUCCCCGCAGGUUGGAAUCGGUUCCCCGCAAGCAGGAGUUGCUCCCCAGGAGAUGGCUUCCCAGCCAGAAGGGAUGGCUGCUGAUCAGCCGGCCACGUUCCAGGGAUCUGAUGAGAAGGAGACGGUUGAGGAUCAGGAGGUUAAAGAAUUGGAAAUGGGAGGAGACGAGCAGUACCGGGACGACAAGCUGCUCCUGGCCGACACAGAUUAGAUCCUUUUGAUUUGGUAGUAAUCGUAACGGAUUAGAAAGUUGUCAGAAAAGAAUGACUAUAAUCUGUAGUAAUCAAAACUGAUCGGAAUCUGUAGUCAUCGCAACAGAUCGGAAUCUGUGGUUAUCGCAACGGAUUAGAAUCUGUCGUAAUCCCAACAAAUUAAUAUAUGUAGGCCUAUGGUAUUCUCAGCGGA